AGGUGAUUCCCUCUCUCUCUCUCUCUCUCUCUCUGCUCCCAGUACACAAACAACAUUCUCCCAUUUCCAGAGGUUCCAAGACUGCGACAGACAUAUAGAGAGAAAGGGAACAGUGAAAUGGGAAAAGGUUUCAAGCUAUCAUUUCUGGGGAAAAGGAAAAAGUUCACUCCUGCAACAUCUGCACAGCAUGCCUGACUGCGAUCAUACAGAGAGAAACAGUUACUAGCCUCCAAGAAAGAAAUAUGAAUGAUUGAAGAUGAGGAGCCAUGAUGCUUGAAGACUAUGUCAAGCAGAAGAUGCUGCUAUAAAGAGUCAACUAAAGACAUGAACCUGAGACGCAUCUUCUUGUCCAUUUUGUCAUUUGGAGUGGCCGGGCUGCUGGUCUUCAUGUAUUUCCAUGCCUGGAUUGAAGAGCAGCCUAUAGUGCUGAGAUACAAGAUUCAACAGGAACAAAGUAACAAGGCCUGGAACCAGCCAACUAAGUUCCCAGGGAAGUUUCGCAAAAGCUUCAAGACCCCAGAAGCUGUGAGUUACCGAGCUAAGGAAUUGAGCAAUGGGACUACUUCGAAGCCCACGACGUACGCGUUCAACAGAAGUGAUGUCUCGCUGAGGAAGAAGUUAUCCCAGCAGAGAAAGAUGAGGAACCUACUGCUGAAGAAAUUGUUCGAGCCAGUCAUUAACCUGCCGGUGGGCCAGCUCCUGAACCGGAGCCUGGCCACAGAUGACGUCCAAGAGCAGAGGAGGCAAUUCCUCGCCAACUUCUGCAAGAAGUAUUACACCAGUAAGCACAGGACGUCCCUGAUAAGGCUCGUGUCUCGUGUUUAUGUGGAGGAUAAGCACAGGCUGCUGUACUGCGAGGUGCCCAAAGCCGGGUGCUCGAACUGGAAGCGGGUCCUGAUGGUGCUGAACGGCCUCGCCUCGAACCCGCACAACAUCUCGCACAACUUUGUGCACUACGGCAAGCACCUUCGCAGGCUGGACAGCUACAGCCUUCAGGAGACCUACCAGUUUCUGAGUACCUUCACCAAAGUGUUGUUCGUGAGGGACCCGAUGGAAAGGCUGGUGUCCGCCUUCAGGGAUAAAUUUGAGCACCCAAACGUCUAUUACCACCCCGUGUUUGGCAAGGCAAUCUUGAAGAAGUACAGAGCCAACGCUAGUGCCGAGGCCCUGAGCACAGGAGCAGGGGUGACUUUCAGCGAGUUUGUUCACUACCUCUUGGACCCGCAGAAGCCAGUGGGCAUGGACAUUCACUGGGAGCCAAUCAGCAAGCUCUGCUCUCCCUGCCUCAUUAAUUACGACUUUAUUGGCAAGUUUGAGAAUUUGGAGAAUGACGCCAACUCCUUCCUCAAACUGAUAGGCGCCCCUCUCGAGCUCCAGUUCCCUAGUUUCAAAGACAGGCAUUCCACCGAUGAGAGAACAACUGCUGCUGUUGUGAAGCAAUAUCUCCUUCAAAUAUCCCCUUUGGAAAGGCAACAGAUAUAUAACUUCUAUUAUCUGGACUACCUCAUGUUUAACUAUUCUAAGCCACAUUUUUAAUGUGUAUCAGGCUAGGAAAAGUAAUUUAUCAGGAAAUCUUAAUAUAUUUUGUGAUGUAGACCUUAUUUUCAUAUGCUGAUAUGCAGUUGGAAUCACUUUUGGACGUUCAUCUUCAAUGUAUUUGUUAUCUUUUUUACUUUAGUGUAACAGGUGAUAGAAAAGAAAA